AUGCACUCUCAACCGCUGAUACUAGACUGCUCAGUUCACCCUUCAUCUCCUCACAUCGCUUUACUGAAACUCCAAUCACCAGUCGAAGUGAACGAAGCGGUGUGUUUGGUGUGUCUGCCCGCCCGGGGAUCCAAGAGAAAGCCCGGAAAGAGAUGCACUGUUACUGGAUAUGGAUAUAAGGAUGAGACCGGACCCAUAGCACUGAGAGUACGUGAAGCUGACGUACCAGUUGUUGAUGACCAGGAGUGCACAGUUAGAGUGAAUUCAGUGACUGAAAAGUUAUUCAUACUCCCGGCCAGUAGUUUCUGUGCGGGCGGUGAUGAGGGUAACGACGCCUGUCAGGGCGAUGGCGGCUCAGGACUUGUAUGCGAAACUGAUGGUUAUUACGAACUUACGGGUCUAGUCUCGUGGGGCUUUGGAUGCGGGAGAAGUGGAGUUCCCGGAGUGUAUGUCAAAGUUUCAGCAUUUGUUGGUUGGAUUAAUCAGAUAAUAAGUGUCAACAAUCAAUAG